AGAGUUAAAAGCGCGUUGAUGGAGUGGUCCUUGAAAGAGUUUUGGUGUACCAAGUAAAAACUGGUUUGAAAGGCUAAGAGAAAACUUUAGAAGACUGAAAAGAGCUAGAGUCAUCCGGAGGCCUUAGAAAAAGUUUCAAAGAAAUGGGCAAAUUUCUAAGAACUAGGAGGACAUUUCGAUCUAAGAAGAGCUCCCUGAGAGAUUUCAGACAACGCUGUGCCCAUCGUGGCCUUUUUAUAUUUGGUGACCGUAAAAAGCCUAUAAAAGAUAAGAAUGUCAAUGUCAUAUUUCUUCAGCUGACAGCACAGUGCAGUGGCUUUUGAAGUGGCAAAAAUGCAAAAUACGAAGUUUUUGUUUUGUAGUUUUCUUGCGAAAUUCUAACUUCUAUUCUGACAAAAAAUCAUCAAUCAAAUCAAUUUAAUUAUACUCUAAAAUACUUAAUUUGUGAUGUAUUUGUAAAUAUAAAAGAAGCAAUCAUGGCUUUGAUGAGAUCUAGAAAUAAAAUACCUAAAGGUGCCGUAGUAUUGAAUGAAGAAGAAGCAGUAAAUUAUUCCUGGAAGGUCGUUACUGAAUGGGAAUCACUCUGGGAUACAUGGGCACUGCGUUAUGGACCACCUAUCCUUGGUGGAAUCAAUGCUAUUUCCGGCAUUAUAAUAAACAAUCAUUAUAGGACCAAAUUGAAAUUGGGAUCAUUUGGGUUCUACUCAUCUGUUAUACCUGUUACUGUUAUGCCUGGACUUAUGACUAUACUUUUUCAUAGGCAUCUUGUUACAACAAACAUGCUGAUGUUGAAAACUGAUACCUGUCCAAUAUGCUAUGAAAUACGGUCAGCUGCAAUUCAACUGGGAUUAGGAGUAGGAUAUCCUAUGCUAUUAGCUCCUACGUCAGCAAUAAUGUAUGCAAAUAGAUUCGCAACAUACAGAAUACCAUAUUUGACUGAUGGGCCAAAGAAAGUUUUUCAAUUAUUAAGCAAAAUUACUAAACCAUUGAGUGGAACCUUAGCCAUUAUUACUGUUGUUCAGCUGGUUGCUUCUUCUGUUGUGUCAUAUUUUGAGAUGAAAAAUAACUUCACAGUCAGAACAAAAUUAAUGGAAAUAGAAAAUAAAAUUCUGGCAGAGACUGAAGAAUCAAUGUGAUGUAAAUACACAUGACUGUAAAUAAAUAUAGUUCAUUUAUGUAUUAAAAUAGUUUUAGAUUA